GAGUCGCGGCUGCCGCCACCUUCCGCACACCAGCAGCAGCAGCAGCGGCAGCAGCGCGGGGCUCUGCGGAGCGGCGGGAGCGCCAAUGCCCGGACCGACCCAAGCCCUGUCCCCAAAUGGCGAGAACAACAACGACAUCAUCCAGGAUAACGGGACCAUCAUCCCCUUCAGGAAGCACACGGUGCGGGGGGAGCGCUCCUACAGUUGGGGAAUGGCGGUCAACGUGUACUCUACCUCUAUAACCCAGGAGACUAUGAGCAGACAUGACAUCAUUGCAUGGGUUAAUGAUAUAUUAGCUUUAAACUACACAAAAGUUGAACAACUCUGUUCAGGAGCAGCUUACUGCCAGUUCAUGGACAUGUUGUUCCCAGGGUGCAUUAGCUUGAAGAAAGUAAAGUUUCAAGCAAAGCUGGAGCAUGAGUACAUUCACAACUUCAAACUUCUGCAGGCGUCAUUUAAAAGAAUGAAUGUGGAUAAGGUAAUUCCUGUGGAAAAACUGGUCAAAGGGCGCUUCCAAGACAACUUAGAUUUCAUUCAAUGGUUUAAAAAGUUCUUUGAUGCUAACUAUGAUGGGAAGGAGUAUGAUCCUGUGGAAGCUCGACAAGGCCAAGAUGCUCUUCCUCCACCAGAUCCUGGUGAACAGAUCUUUAACCUGCCCAAAAAGUCUCACCAUGCAAACUCUCCAACUGCAGGUGCUGCUAAAUCCAGUCCAGCUUCUAAACCAGGAUCAACACCUUCUCGCCCAUCUUCAGCAAAAAAAGCUGCACCAAGCAGCUCGGCAUCCAAAUCAGAUAAAGAUUUGGAAACUCAAGUCAUACAGCUCAGUGAACAGGUACAUUCAUUAAAGCUUGCACUUGAAGGCGUGGAGAAGGAAAGGGAUUUCUACUUUGGCAAAUUAAGGGAGAUUGAACUUCUCUGCCAAGAACAUGGGGGAGAGAAUAAUGACCUUGUCAAUCGGCUAAUGGAAGUCCUUUAUGCUUCAGAUGAACACGAGAGCCACACAGAUGAGCAUGAAGGUGAAGAGCAAGUCCAUGAACAGCCCCAGCAGCAGGAUGAGUACUGACUCACGCAGCAUCUCUGACAAUUUUCGUUUUGUGUGAGAACUUUCUUCUGGAGAAUGGAACAUGUGCGGCCUCAAACUUGAAAUCAGUUCACUCCCAGUCUGCCAUUAACAUUUAUGUACCAUAGUGAGUGCCAGCCAACCCCUGCAUUCUGUACCAAUACUAUGCCAAGACGCAUUUGCAGACGUCUUCUUUCAGUGUAUCUUCCCAAGAGGUUGUAGGGCUACAUCACCUACUGUACAUCACUGCAACGUCACCACUUGGCUGCUUGAGAUUUGUUCUGCUCUUUAAAAAUAUAUAUAUUUAUUUUUUUUUCCUUUUUCGUCUUAAGUAUGAUACACUUGUAACUUGUUCUGACAUAUUUAUAUUGGCAUUUUGUGUGGCAAGAAGUUCUGUACCACUAGCUGUGUCUCUCACUUUGUGGUGCUUUUGCAUUUUCUAGUACAUCUGCCUUGGGGCAUCAAUUUGGCCGAACAGUUGAAAUAAAGGGAUACGGUGGAUGUCAUACUCAAGCCAUAACGAUGAGGUUGUGCUGUGGAGGAAAACGCUCGUGUUGCUCACAUUUAUUCCUUUCCUGACUUCACAAAUGGCAGGCAGAGCAUCUGUUUCACGGGGAGAUUUAACCCCUGUGUUAGGAAGCUUGUUAGAAAGCUGCAUGGUAUGUUUUUUUGGCCGAUUUCUGGAGGAACAGACAUCCACUUAGGCUUUUUGCAAAGCUUCCCGGUUUCCUAACUAGUCAGUAGACAUUUCCCAGCUUUUUUUCCUUUCUGAGAAUUCCAGUCCCAGCCUCCAGCCGCAGCUCUACCUCUGCAGAGCUCAGUGCUGAGGGAGGAGAAAUCUCCUUGACACAAGUGUAGCUGCAGGACACGGUCUCUACCGUCAUCCUUGACUUCCUGCCUCUCAGAAAAGGAGAAAGUAGGCCAGCCAUUUCUUUCCACUUUCCUUCCCCCUUCCACUGCCCCAGUCAUACAAGUAUAGAAGACAGGAAUUUUGUCACAGUGCAAAGUAUGGGGGAAAACAGCAACAGCACUGGCCCCGAACUGCACCCCAAACUCCCCUGUAUGUGGAUGGUGGACACUUCACUGGUUUAAGGCUGCUUCUGAAGGAUGGAGAAGCGGUGAGGAGUCCUGAAGGCAGGGCACACAGGGCUGAGGGUACAGAGCUGGUUCUGCGCUUGGCUGACCUUCCUCCUUCGAGGCCAGUGUGGUGCAGAACCGUGUGUGCACUGGAGAUUCUGCGGUGGGAGUGUUCCCUUCCAGAGUGGUCCCUUGGCCCUGUUCUAAAUGGUGGUAUUUUAUAAGCAGAGGUAUCUUGAAGUAUAAAAAGCAUUUCUUGUUCUUCUCUUACCACUGUGCAUGGUAGUCUCUCUGGCUGUUUAAUGCCUGGCAUUCUUGGUCUCUCACUUCACUUUCUGAAUUCUGCUUUGUUGUGCUGAUUUAGCAGGUACGUGGAAGCCCCAUCCCAACUGGUAUUCACUGAAAAACUCCACAGCCUAUUGAACAGCUAAAUCGUUCUAUGCAUUCUUAGGCUCCUAAAGCCUUCGGUCCCCAGCCUACGCUUCCACAGAAAGGUUUCCAAUGAAUCAGCCCCCAGGCACACACACACGUGCACGUGCAGUUUUCCAUUCCUAAUCAAUCUUCUGCAGCUAAGUGGCUCUUAGUUAAAUGUGAGAACCCUGCUGUUGUGUUGCACCACCGACAAUAUAUAAAAUGCUGUUGAGCACCAGAACAGGUAUUUCCAGUUCCUUGAUCCUCCCCCUGCACAGCAGAAGAGUUUCUGGACCCUGCAGGCUGAAGUUACCCCAGCCCUGCACCCAGUAUUGACCUCGCAUCCUACCCAGUGAUGAAAUCAAAGUACUGCAACCUGCAGGCCAGCACUUUCCUCUCCCGUUUCAAUUGGUUACAAAUAAGGUCUGGUUUAUAAAAUCGUGUUUUUUCCAAAACAAUUAUUUCCAAGAAUCACCACAAAUGGGGGAAUUGUCAUUUUUGUUGUAUUUGUGUUUAUUAGAACAUAUGUACUUAUUACAAUUGUCAUUGUAAUAAACAGUAGUUCUUCAUAA